AUGAUCGUUUUAAUAAUAAUUAAAAUAAAUCUUUUCUUAGAUGGCAAAAGUUUCACGGACAACAUAUCCCAAUUGAUGACAGUACAUGCAUCACUUUGUGAUACAGUGACGCUUAUAAAUGCUGCUUACGGCGUUGUUGCACUUGUGAUUACGAUUACCUGCCUGAUACACUUGAUUAUUACACCAUAUUUUUUAAUAAUUGAAGCCGAUGGAAGACGUGAACCACUAUUUCUUGCGGUACAAGGAUUGUGGUGCAUCUUUCAUAUUUGGAGAUUACUUAUGAUCGUACAACCUACGUACGCUGCUACAACAGAGGGAAAGAAAACAGCAGCUUUGGUCAGUCAAUUACUAUCGGUGAGCCCUGAUAGAGAAGGCAGAAAACAAUUAGAGAUAUUUUCGCUUCAACUUCUACAUCGUCCUUUAGAAUUCUCAGCAUGUGGACUUUUUACUUUAGAUCGAACUCUCGUAACUUCAAUUGCUGGCGCCGUUACAACAUAUCUUGUAAUACUCAUACAAUUUCAAAAGGAGGACGAUACAAAAGGUAAUUUUGAUAAUAUGUUAAAGAAUGCCACGCAGAUGCUGAAGAAUGCAUCGACACUUCACAAUAUCACGGCAGGAAGAUUAGGUUUAAAUUAGGACAAACUAUAUUUUUGUUUUUGCUUCUUUUCUUGAUCCUAUAAUAAAGCUUUUUAAAAAUUAA